ACCUGCUGUCUGACAGGCAGGCGCGUUUUGGUUCUAUGAGCCCAGAAAAUUGUGAUGUAAAAAGAGAAGAAUAAAUGUUUGUUGACUAUCAUGGCGAAUCCUAGAAAAUUUAGUGAAAAGAUUGCCCUUCACAAUCAAAAGCAGGCUGAGGAAACGGCCGCUUUUGAGAAAAUUAUGCGUGAAGUUUCCGACGCAACCAAUAAGGUGAACUCUAGCAAUCGCCGUUCGAAAAUGAAAGCACCGCCAGAACCGGAGAUUGUUGAACAAAUAGUCACAACACAAAGCUUGGGCACAUACAGGAGUGGUUCAUUGCCAAAUGUUGCUGCUCCUGAACCCCCACCAAGUCUGGAGACUACUAAGCCCGAAGAAACGACUCUAGCCACUCAGUACGUGCUUGGUAGGAGCGGGGGAGCCUCGCCAACCCCUCGAUCGCCCGGUCGGGGUCGGGCAUCCUCGUCUGUGGGGCCGAUGAGACGACCGGCAGACCGGAAACACGACACCAGCCCUUACGGAAGCACUGUAUAUUUAAGCCCGCCGCCCGACAGCAACUGGCGGCGGACUAACUCUGACUCCGCCCUCCACCAGUCGUGCGGCGAGCAGCAGACGGCCGCGCCGCCGCUGUCACCGCACCACCCUCUACACUCACACGCACACCCUCACCUGCACCCACACCAGAACCAUCGGAGAGCUGGCAACAUUAAUCUAGAUGUAUUAGCGACGUUAGGCAUGAGCCCCAAUAAUCGUCCGCGGUCGUCGUGUGAAAUACCUAGGAUACCUAACAAUAACAAUGUGUACGAGAGCGGUGUCGAUGCUAGCGGUGCGUUGUCCUGCGGAGAGCUGUCCGUGCCUGGCGGGUCACUACCGGACCUCACCUCAGUGCAUUACCCGCCACCCCACUACCUCACGAGAGCUUCACCCGACUACCAACCGAGAUAUAGCCCUACGUCACCGGGCGCGGUGUCCCCCGGAGGUGGCAGCGUGUCCCCCGCCACAGGGGGCCUGUCCCCCCAGUCCGGCUCCCCGGUAGGAGCCACUGUGCCGCUAGCGACGAUGCACGAACACCCUAUAUAUGAAACACAAAGUCACUUAUCUGUACCAAACACAAAUAAUUAUCUUCAUCAUAAUAAGAACAUGUCUCCGUUGAACCACAGCUGGAUGACGUCAAACUAUCAGUCGCACUGUAGUCCGCCGUCACAAUAUUCCUCCACCUCAAAUAUAAACAUACCCUCACCUACAAUGGUACACAGUCCUGGCAGUCCUGGCGAGUCACCUCAGACGGACUACACCAAUCUCCACCAGGCGCUGUUGCAGCCCUUUGAACAGAUCACCAUGCUCGACGCGCCGACGUCGAACUACAACACGACGUACAUCAACCACAGCUCACACUCGCAGCAGACGACGAAUUCAACGCACACAUAUACACAGUCGUCUCAGCCGUGUCACAGCGGUCACUCGUCGCCGUCCGUGGAGCCGAGACGUGCGCGGGACCCUGUGGCGGGGGGCGCGUACCCUCUGCAGCCGCUGCAGCCCCUCGCCUCCCCGCAACAACCACCCACACCCGCCACCCCCGCCUCCAUACCGGACAUCAUACUCACAGAUUACUCAGGCGAGUUAGACCCGGGUAUAUUCGGCGGCGAGGAGGCUCAGCUGAGGGCUGGGUUGGAUCUGGACGACCUGACGUUGCUGGAGGAACCGAGCUCGUUACUCCCGGACUCGUCCGUGGAACACGAGUUCCGCCUCGACCGCCUCGACCGUUUGUAGUACCGAGGCGAUCCUCUCAGAGGCCAGAGGCGAGGCAGAGGUGAGCUCGACUCCCUAUACUUCAUGACAAUUCGUUUCAAGUCUGAGCUAGUGAUUAUACCGUGUCGCCGCCCGUUUCUAUGUUAGCGACGGCGACGCUAACGACACACAUUCCCAGCGUGUGAGUGAGCGCUCCACGGACGAUGUAUCGUUGCGAGUGCUGGUGUUCAUUGUGGUUUUAAAUGUUUUACUCAUGUUUUUUUUUCAACUCGGUGGCAUAGGUACGUUUAGAUUUAGAUUUUUCUAUACAUAGUCUACGAUAAGUCUAUCGAAAAUCCUUGUACAGAGUUAUAUAUAUAUAUUUUUUAAUAUUAAGUAUUGUAAAUAUGUACUCGAAUAUCAUUAGAUUUUUUUUAUAUAUAUUUUUCUGAUUCGAUAGUUUAAUUCUAUACGAGACCGAGUCGGUUGUAUUGUAAAUAAAACUCUAAAGUGUUCACGUUAUAAGGUCGCAUUUAAAACGCUAAUGUUGCAAGCUAGUGUAUACGGUCGUUGUGUCGAUUGUAUAGUUUUUUCCCGAAAUCAUUAUAAAUAUUACAAAUUAAUUUUCUUAUUCAUCGAUUGCUCAAUUGACUGUACUUUGAUCCUAAUCACCACCUACAGUUGCCACGUGCCGCGUUUUUUGUAUUUGAUAAUCUCUCAGCACAGACAUACCGGAAAUCGGUUCAGUUUUCGUACGGAAGUAAUGUUAUUAUUGUAAAUAUGAUACAUAAAUAAUUUUUUUAUAAGCUUCUGUCGCAAACAUAUCUAUGUACUAACGUGCGUGUGAUCGUGAGUACUGUGGUCAAUUUUUUCAAUGUCCAAAUGCGAGUUAUAAUUGAAAUUAUAUAUAUAUAUAUUAUAAAAAAAAUCUGUUAGUCUCUAUAGAUGUUGACGAAAAUUUUGCAUUUUCUGUAGUGGAACUACAACCGAAGUUAAACUUUACUAUGUAAGUAUCGAAAUAUUUAGUUUUAAGUGGGUCGCUGUGCUCGCGACGCGUGAGGGUCACGUGGUUGCGGGCACAGCGACAGCCGCGUAGUUGUGUUUAAAUAUAUUUGUUUUUCUUUUUUGUUAAUGCUCAGUUAUUAUGUUUUAAAAGUCUAGUCAUCAAGUUAUGAUUAUCAAUGGGAAUAGAAAUUGUUUAGCGUCUGUUUAUAUCUAUGUAUGUUCAUUUAUGUACAGAUUUUAUUGAAAACUAUUAGAAUCUAAUUUUGAGUUUACUUAUAAAAAAUUUAUAUAUAUAU